GUAAAACAAUGACAAUGAAAGAGACUUUACCCAGACAUGUAAAUCAUUAAAUGAAGCACUGAAUGCCAUCUUAGGGCAGGUGCAUGUUAUGUUAGACACAGCGAAAUACUCUUCAGACUUUGAUCAGAGCUCGCUGGAGACACAGCUGGAAGGACUGUGGGUGUGGAAAGAAUUGCUUUCCUGUUUUCCCGUGCACUUGUUGAGGAGUGAACGCUGAGGUCAGGUUGUGAUGGCAGUACCACAGGGGCCAUUCCUGGCUGCUGUGCUGCUGCUUGUCUCCUCUGGUCUCAGCUGCUCUGCGUCCUCAGCCGCCUGUCCACAGUCCUGCACCUGUCAGAGAGCUCCCCUGUUGAACUGUUCGUCAUCUGGACUUUCCUCUGUGCCGUGGCACAUCCAAGACUCUGUCACCGAGCUAGACUUGUCGCACAACCUCCUAGAUUCUGUAACACUCCGCCGGCCGUACAACAGCCUAAGGAGCGUAUGGCUGGGAAACAACAGUAUCACACACCUGUCUCUGUGCGUCGAGAGAAAGUUUGCAGGUCCCUACCUAAGAGGGAGACCUCGCUUAGGACCUCAGAGCGGACGGGGAUGUGUAUCCUGGGCCCCUAAGCUGCAGCUGUUAUCUGCGGAAAGGAAUCAGCUAAUACAACUUCCAGAGGGGCUGGAGAGUAUGGAGUCCUUACAGGUCCUGCAGCUGUCCUUUAACAGGAUCUCAACUCUGCAACCAGGAGACUUUAGACAACUUCGACAGCUAAGAGAACUAAACCUAAAACAUAACCUCAUCACAACUCUCCAUCCACAAAUGUUCCAGGAUUUAAUCGAGCUCAGGGUCCUUGACCUGAGCUUCAACAUGUUGACGAGCCUUAAUCCUUUGAUGCACCUCACUCUGCGUAACUUUGGAGCGGACGUCAGGCUGGCUGGAAACAGGUGGCAGUGUGACUGCAGCAUGCGCAGUCUAAGAAGACGGAUGGUCUAUGACAGUAGCCGAGGCUUUCAGGCCUGGAAGAUGGUGUGUGCUUCCCCUGCCACACUCUCAGGCAGGGAACUAAUUCAACUGGAGGAGGAUGACCUAAACUGUUUCACUACUGAUGGCUCAGACAUCCACCAGGAUGUGACGGUCUACAGUGGUUCUGAGAUACUGUUGACUUGCUCUAAACAAGACUCAGUGUGGUGGACUCCCAGUGGUCAAGCAUCUGUGAGACCUCCUCAGGCUGGUCUGUUCAUCAGUGACAUCACAGAGAAAGACACAGGACUAUACGUGUGUAUGUCUGAAGAGCAACAAGCUGUGUCUGUUUUUAAUCUUCAAAUCAGUAAAGUAGGUGGUUCAAGAAGAAGGCCUAGAAGUUUACCCCAAAACAGUCGACAAAUAAUCCCUCAAGAUAUUCUAAGCAAAAUGGGUGAAGAGAGAAAUCAGGGAGUCACACAGUGUAAUUUGACGCUGGCAGUGUGUCUGUCUGUUUUCAUCACAUUUCUCAUAGCCUUUAUCCUUGGUGUAUUAGCCAGACCCUGCAUUGAUGUUCUUUGGAAAAGGGUCACCAGGAAGAAACGCCCUGCUUCUAACUCUGCUGUUUCACCUGCUGAGCAAAUACAAUAUGAAAAUGAGGCUUACUUCAAUGAUGAAGGACCAGAAGAGUUAGGACCUCACAGAGAGAGGAGAAUUACAUUUAGCGACAUAGAGGUGAGAGGAGACAACAAUGUGCAGUAUUAUGAUACUGUAGUCAGUGAAAACAGCAACCAACAAAGCAGUCUAAGAGAUAUACCAGACAGAAGAAGCCUGUCGUCAAGCUCAGAUUCCUCGGUAUCUGAAAAUAAAUCAGAAGUGGGUCAAAUGACCCAGAGAGGCCAUACACCACAGCACUCUCCUCAGCUGGUGGAGGACUCCAUUCAGCAGGCAGCCGCUGUCUCCAGUAGAGUGCCCCAAAUUUCAAUUGAGAGCAAUAGCGACAGCGAUAGUGAGAGGAAUCACAGAAACCCAGCAGACCCUGAUCUUUUGCAGGAGAAUGAAGAACUAUUUGAAUUUAGUGAUUCUGUUCGAAGCACACCUGCCAGGUCCAGUGGUGUCUAUGAAGUGGCACACAGAGAAGAUGAAGAGAGGAGGGAUGAUACGUCCAGCUCCAGCUCCAGCUCCAGCUCAUAUAUCAGUGACGAUGAGCCUACAGUAUACAUUGUGAACCCUUACCAGGAUACUAAACAGGAGGCCAGCUUUGAACAGCAAAACCAGAAUAUAUAUCCAAGUAGGAAUUUAGUGGUGGUUAAUCAAGGUGAUUACAAACACGACACAAAAAGGCCUGCAGGGACAACAAAUCACUCCUCUUCCUCUGAUUACAGUGACAGUGACCAAGACUCAGUGCUGUCCACCACCAAACAAGAAACUCUGAUAGUGCCACGACCCAUGCCACGGACCAACUAUCCUAGUAAGAGUAUAGAUAAUGCAGCACCAGCCCCACGAAAAACAUACUCAUCCUCUUCCAGUGAGAGUGAAGGAGAAAUCAAAGACAGAAAAGUGGCACAGAAUAAAGGCAGAGUUAGUGAAAUCAAGAAGCGUUUGGAUACAAAAGCACCAUCACUAACCUCUGAUUCAUCUUCUAGUAGUGACAGCGAGGAUGAAACAACAAUGCACAUAAAGACACAGGGACAAGGUGAUGUCCAUUUGCCAAGGCUCCCAGUGAAAGUGUCUCCAACAGUAAGUCAUGACCUGGGAACACAAUGGCCUACCGUGGAUCUUCGGCAUAUUCCUCACAUCAAGAGGCGUCUAGAUAUCAAACCAGCACGUCCACAUUCUGUCCAUAACCCAGAAAAACAGUGGCCUAACAUAAAUUUGGGGCAUACUACAAGCAUCAAGAGGAGUCAGGAUAUCAAAGCACCAUCUCCAGCCUCUGAUUCAUCUUCUAGUAGUGACAGCGAGGAUGAAACAACAAUGCACAUGAAGACACAGGGACAAGGUGAUGUCCAUUUGUCAAGGCUCCCAGUGAAAGUGUCUCCAACAGUAAGUCAUGACCUGGGAACACAAUGGCCUACCGUGGAUCUUCGGCAUAUUCCUCACAUCAAGAGGCGUCUAGAUAUCAAACCAGCACGUCCAUGUUCUGUCCAUAACCCAGAAAAACAGUGGCCUAACAUAAAUUUGGGGCAUACUACAAGCAUCAAGAGGAGUCAGGAUAUCAAAGCACCAUCUACAGCCUCUGAUUCAUCUUCUAGUAGUGACAGUGAGGAUGAAGCAACAAUGCACAUAAAGACACAGGGACAAGGGAAUGUCCAUUUGUCAAGGCUCCCAGUGAAAGUGUCUCCAACAGUAAGUCAUGGCCCAGGAACACAAUGGCCUACCGUGGAUCUUCAGAAUAUUCCUCACAUCAAGAGGCGUCUAGAUAUCAAACCAGCACGACCACGUUCUGUCCAUAACCCAGAAAAACAGUGGCCUGCCAUAAAUUUGGGGCAUACUACAAGCAUCAAGAGGAGUCAGGAAAUUAAAGCACCAUCUCCAGCCUCUGAUUCAUCUUCUAGUAGUGACAGCGAGGAUGAAGCAACAAUGCACAUAAAGACACAAGGACAAGGGGAUGUCCAUUUGUCAAGGCUCCCAGUGAAAGUGUCUCCAACAUUAAGUCAUGGCCCAGGAACACAAUGGCCUACCGUGGAUCUUCAGCAUAUUCCUCACAUCAAGAGGCGUCUAGAUAUCAAACCAGCACGACCACGUUCUGUCCAUAACCCAGAAAAACAGUGGCCUGCCAUAAAUUUGGGGCAUACUACAAGCAUCAAGAGACGAGGAUGA